AUGGUUCCCGCGCUGCUGCUGCUGCUGCUGCUGCCGCCGCCGCCGCCGCUCCUGCCCGCCGCGGCCGCCGGCCGCUGCCCGCCCCGCUGCGCCUGCGGCCUGCCCGCCCUGCGCUGCCCGCCGCCGCCGCCGGGGGCGCUGCCCGCGCCCGCCCGCGCAGCGUUUACUCAUCUCCCUGUAAAAGUAAUCCCAUCACAUGCAUUUGAAGGACUCAGAGAUGCCUUCAUCAUUGAAAUCUCUCAGAGUGACUCUCUGGAGAGAAUAGAAGCGAAUGCGUUUGACAGCCUUCCCUCUUUGUCUGAAAUAUUAAUCCUGAACACCAAAAAUCUGUUGCACAUUGAGGAUGGAGCGUUCAGAAACCUUCCAAGGCUAAAAUACUUGAGCAUCUGUAACACUGGAAUAAGACAGUUUCCAGACCUGACACAGAUCUUCUCAUUAGAAGCUCAUUUUAUUUUGGAGCUCUGUGAUAACUUGCGUAUGACAACUAUACCGCAAAAUGCUUUCCAGGGGAUGAACAAUGAAUCACUGACACUCAAAUUGUAUAAAAAUGGAUUUGAAGAUAUCCACAGCCAUGCCUUCAAUGGGACAAAGCUGAAUCAACUAAUCCUGAAGGACAAUAAGAACCUCAGGUGGAUGCACAAUGAUGCCCUGAGAGGGGCCACAGGGCCAGAUGUCCUGGAUAUUUCUUCAACGGCUCUGGAGUCCCUGCCUAGUUACGGGCUCGAGGCCAUUCAAGUCUUAAAUGCAACGUCAUCUUACUCGUUAAAGAGACUGCCGCCGCUGGAUAAAUUCAGCAGUCUUCUGGAAGCUGUUCUAACAUAUCCCAGCCACUGCUGUGCUUUUCGAAAUCUAAGGACAGAAAAACAAAAUUCCUUGCUUUCCAUUUUUAACAACUUCUCCAAAGAGUGUGAAAGCACCAUGAGGAAACCAACUAAUGGAAUAUUUUACAGAGAUGACUCUUACAACACAUCACUGUGGUCAGCAGAAAAGAAUAUGUACCCAUUUGCAACAGAUGAAGAAACCUCUCCUUACAGCUACUCUGCCAUUUUUGAUGACAGCGAAAUGACCGGCUUUGACUUUGAAUAUGACUUUUGUCAGCCUAAAAUACUCACAUGCACUCCAGAACCAGAUGCAUUUAAUCCCUGCGAAGACAUCCUGGGAUACAGCUUUCUCAGAGUCCUGAUCUGGUUUAUAAACAUCCUUGCCAUUGCUGGCAACUUCACUGUACUCCUCGUUCUCAUAACCAGCCAUUACAAGCUCACUGUCCCUCGCUUCCUCAUGUGUAACCUCUCCUUUGCUGAUUUUUGCAUGGGACUUUAUCUGCUGCUCAUUGCUUCUGUUGACGCCCAGACAAGCGGUCAGUACUACAACCACGCAAUAGACUGGCAAACAGGCAGCGGCUGCAGCACUGCCGGCUUUUUCACCGUGUUUGCAAGCGAGCUCUCCGUGUACACGCUAAUGGUAAUCACUGUAGAAAGGUGGCAUACCAUCACCUACGCCAUGCAGCUGGAUCGAAAGCUACGACUGAGGCAUGCCGUGCCGAUCAUGCUCGGUGGCUGGAUAUUCUCCGUUUUAAUAGCAGUGCUGCCUCUCUUAGGGGUCAGCAGUUACAUGAAGGUCAGCAUUUGUUUACCCAUGGAUAUCGAAACAGGUCUUUCCCAAGCCUACAUACUGCUGAUCUUAGUGCUAAAUGUCGUCGCCUUCAUUGUCAUUUGUGCUUGCUACAUUAAGAUUUACAUAGCUGUUCAGAAUCCAGAGCUGGUAGCUGCCAAUAAAGAUACCAAGGUGGCCAAGAGAAUGGCGAUACUGAUCUUCACAGAUUUUACCUGCAUGGCCCCCAUCUCCUUUUUUGCCAUAUCUGCUGCCUUUAAAGUACCUCUCAUCACAGUGACAAAUUCCAAGAUCUUGCUGGUUUUAUUUUACCCCGUCAACUCCUGUGCAAACCCAUUUCUCUAUGCAAUUUUCACCAAAGCAUUUCGAAGAGAUUUCUUUCUGCUGAUGAGCAAGCUUGGUUGCUGUAAGAGCCGAGCAGAGCUUUACAGGAUGAACUAUUUCUCUGCUUAUACCUCCAACUGCAAGAACAGCAGCUCAGCCACGGGCCCCAGCAAAGCCUCACAAACACUGCUGCUCUUGUCAGCGUUAGAGAAGCCGUAUCCUGCAGUACGAGACAAGACGUCUUACAACGAAAAUUAAACCAGAGCACCAAUAGAUGCAGCACUUUGCUAGGCCAGCUGUAAUUAUUCUAGUGACUAGGGGUUAUUUUAUAGUAUCUUGAACACUUCACAAUAAAUAAAAAUGCCAAUCAAUAAUUCUCAUGCAACGUAACUGUUCUGAUACUCGCAGUGAUAUUUUCCCUUUUUUUCUUUUGUAAUGAUUGGCUUGGAAGGUGACUAUUAGGCAAAACUCUUCUCUGGGGGGGAGCCAGAGGAGCCCAGGAGUAGUCAAGCUGCUCUUGAAGUUAAGGGGUACGGCAAUGAUUGCAGUCUGGCUCCUUUCUCUCCAGAUCUGCUUCUCUGGGGUAUUUAAAGCCUGUCUGGUACCUUUCAUGCCUUCUUUUUCCACUCUUAUCAGCAUCACUGGCAUUGUUGGAUUAAAGAAAGGGGCACUGAACUAGAUGCCUCCCUUCAUUUCAUCAACAGAAACUUCCAAUUACACAGCCACCUACACCUGGUUAAAGAACAGUGUUCAAGCAGUAGGUUGUCAAGAUGUCACCGAGGACAAAAGUUGACCUGCUGAACCUUUGUUACUAGCAAUUUUGCAGUUCAGAUUAGAUCUCCGUCUGAACUAGCAGGUAAUUUAAAAUUAAAAGUUAACACAUACACAGCCAUGUAUGAUCUGGAAAUCACAAGAGAUGCAGUAGCUGUAAAACCCCACCUGCUGCACACAGGACUGUAUUUUGUAAGUGCACACACACAAAUCAUGUAAGAUGUAAAGGCUCCUUCCCAGCAGCAGGAUAGCUGCUUCCAGUGCAGGCAAAUAAGUGCUGCCUUGUUUUCUCUCCUGGGACAGUCUCCUGAAUUAUUUUUACCUGCCCACUCUCUGGCAUCACCAGUGCCACUGGCAUUCAGGAUACACUGGGGGCUCCUCAGCACUCACAGUCCGACUCCAUUCCCAGCUGAUGAAGCAGAGUAGUUACUUUUUAGUGACUGUGUUCUCCCAUAAAAAUCUAACUUUCCUUUCACCGUGUGUUAUCUGACACUAAGGAGAUCCAGAUUCGUGGCUGCAUUCCUAAUUUGAGUAAGAAUUGAACAUUCCUUUGUCACUGCAGCAUAUUUACUCUGUCUGCAGCAAAUAAGCUGUCACCCUUACACAGUUCACUUGCCGUGAGCCAACGCCACACUGUACUGAAGUUGGAGAUUCAGAUGUGUAAGCUCUUACCUGCAUUGUAUGGGCCAAACAAUCUGUGCUGGUUGACAAGCUGCAGACUGCACUGAAUGCCAGGCAGGAUCGCUGCGGGAGUCUGCCCCAGGCACAUCCAAAGGAGGCUACGUGCUGCACUGCGCGGUCUUACGAAAUCGAGGUGCUUAGUUAUUGAAAAGUUCACAGUCCUGUGGGGAAAAAAAAAAAAAUUAUUCAAAAGCUGCAACUGCAGAUCAAGCAGUCUUAGGUUGCUUAUUCUUGACAGGUUGGUUACGUUGCCUCUGAUGGGAGGAACACGCGAGCGCUUACAUUUUAUCAAACCAAUGUGGUAGCAUCAGACCUACAUGUGGCAGUUUAUGGUUCACAGAAGGUGAAGCAAAUACAUUUCAUUUGGGCUCAUAGUCAAAGUUUUAGCAUCUUAGAUCAGACACUGAGUAUCAUCUACAGAAUGUGAAGACAGGUCCUCAGGCUGGUAUAAUAUGCACCCCCCCUGCACUCAGCAGAGCAGUGCAGCUGUGUAAGAUCUCUGCUCACUCCACAACAGUCACAGCCUAAGGGUUCUUGAUGGCCACUGAAAGUGCAGACUGAUACAUAGGGAAACAGUAUUAUUGCAAUCACUUUAAACCUCUUACAUUCUUCUUCUCACCCGAGUCAUUUGCUUUCAAGUCUGCGACAGUAAUAGAGUAACUCUGUGUUCCAAAGCAUGCCUCUCGUUGCUGAAACACUGCACUGCAAAUUAAAUUUGCUUCACAUUGAAGUCA